AAUGAAGAUCUACAUCAGCGCCCUGUCUCUUACCCUCUGGGUUAUCCUGUAUUUUGACGGAUCAAGUUCAAUGGAGCCGCCAUCACAUUCUAAUCAAUCAAAUUCGCCGGUACAUGCUGGUAGAUCGGUGUCGCCGGAAUUUCACCCAAAUCAACAACUUCCUGUACCAUACUAUGAUGAACACGGAGAACUUGUUGCAAUAGCCUAUGAUGAGAAGAUUUAUGCGAUCGAAACAUUAAUCGCAGGAGGUCUAAAGCCACUUGGAUUCCAUAUACCUGACAUGGCUUACCUGAACCGAGUUAAAGGAUAUGUUUCUCCUAUUGGAUACUUCAGAAACCAGAUAGUUGUCGCUAUCAAAUGGGCAGGAUGUUUACCACUUGUGAAAAAGCUAACUGCAAUUCAACCGGAAAAAAAUGAUUUAGUACUGUAUCCGAAUGCUUUUACGCCUUUCGGAAUGUAUCGUGAAUUCGAGGGCCAACUCCGCUUUUAUCAGUUUACGUUCCGAAAUUAGAAAGAUUUCAGAACCUUCAAAUUGUUUUUUUUUUAAUUUUUGCCCCGAUGAACCAUAUAAUCUCGCUAUACAGAAAAAAAUUGGACAUCGAUACAUGUAAAAUAAAAGAUUGAUAUUAAAUUUCGCCCUUGCCGAUUUUCAGUUUUAUGCAUGACAAGAUUCCUCCUGAAAUAUUUUCGAUAACUUCAUUAAUUAUCAAUACCUCCGAGAACUUUUCUUCCCUAAAUCAUAUAAAUACAAUAAUCUU